GAGCAUCAGACGCGAGAACAACAAUGGCGAAGCAGUGAUGGUGAAGUGUUGACAAAUCUUGCAAGAAGAUGCCAACACCGGGGAGAGGUCCAGGCAGACCUCCAAAGAACCCACGCACUUGCACGUGGUGUUCGGAGGUGAAGUCACAAUUGAAAUAUGUGUUCCCAACGAGCUCAGGAAAACGAGAAUUCUGCUCGGAAACGUGCCUCUCGGAGUACAGAAAGGCUCUUCGGAAGGGCACUUGUGCCAACUGUGACAAUGUCAUCCGCUCGACGCCAGUCAAGUGUGAGACUUCAUCAGGCCGUCGGCGUGAGCUGUGCAGCAAUGAGUGCCUUAAGGCCUGGGCCAAAAAAGAGAAGGACAAAGAGCAGCAGGGAGACACGGAGGAAGAAGCGGGCGUGGCCUCCUCGUCCUUCUCCUCGAUGACGAGCCCGCCCUCCAGCAUGUCCCCCUCCUCGGGCAACGGUGUGUCACCCAACGAGAAGGCCUCCCUUGGCCCGGAAGCAGCUGCGGGUAGGAAAGGGCGGGGUCUGAGUGCCGCAGCUUUGGCACAGAUAGAGGCUGCUGCAGAGUUCAAUUGGGAAGACUACCUCAGGGAAACCAACUCCAUACCCUCACCUGCCAAAUGCUUCAAACAGCACAAAAUCCCCCCCAAGAAUGAGUUCAAGAUCGGCAUGAAACUGGAGGCCUUGGACCCGCGAAACCUGACGUCCACUUGCAUCGCUACAGUGGUAGGCACACUAGGCCCUAGGCUGAGACUCAGGCUUGAUGGCUCUGACAACAAGAAUGACUUCUGGCGCUUGGUAGACUGCAACAAUGAGAUCCACCCUAUUGGACAUUGUGAGGAGCAUGGAGGAAUGCUGCAACCACCCCUUGGCUUCCGCAUGAACGCAUCAUCCUGGCCAAUGUUCCUCCUAAAGACGCUGCAGAAUGCAGAGGUUUCCCCUCCACACAUAUUUCGCACAGAGCCGCCCACGCCUGCCAAGAACUACUUUGAAGUUGGCAUGAAGCUAGAAGCGGUUGACAAGAAGAAUCCCCAGCUCAUUUGUGCUGCAACUGUUGGUGCCGUGAACGGAGAUAUGAUCCACGUGACUUUUGAUGGCUGGAGAGGUGCCUUUGAUUACUGGUGCCGCUAUGAUUCAAGAGAUAUCUUCCCUGUGGGCUGGUGUGCUAUGUCAGGGCACCCUCUGCAGCCCCCAGGCCAGAUGUGUGCCGUGAACGGAGAUAUGAUCCACGUGACUUUUGAUGGCUGGAGAGGUGCCUUUGAUUACUGGUGCCGCUAUGAUUCAAGAGAUAUCUUCCCUGUGGGCUGGUGUGCUAUGUCAGGGCACCCUCUGCAGCCCCCAGGCCAGAUGUGGGGCCCUCCCAGCAGCCGUUACAAGGCACGGGUCCUGAACAUCCCUCCUCCCCUGGCUGGUUCCUCCAAGUCCCCGGAAGUGCCCUCAGCGACUGCAGCAAACGACAAGAGCCCCUCGUCUGUGGCCAGCUCGCCCCUGGCCAAGUCUGGUGGCCGUGGCAGGCACCACUCCCCCUCCCCACCUCCAGGCAGCCCCCCCUCCUCCCAGCCACAGUCCACACCCACCAAGGCAGGCUUGCUGCAGAACUCAUCCUCAUCAGCAAAGUCAUCCACAUCCACCUCUGCCAAGUCAUCCUCGUUAAGUAAACCAUCAUCAACCAGCAAGUUACCCCCCUCAUCCUCAUCCUCGUCAUCACCUUCGCCAUCAGCUCCAGCGCUCACAGUCAGUCAGUCGAGCGGCAAGCCCACCUCAUCUACUAAGUCAUCUACAUCAUCGGGGUCGCCUGCCAUGACCCCGCUCACUUCUACGCCCACCAAGACUCCUGCAGGAUCGGGAGGAUCGGAAGGUGUCAAUAGCACCCCCAGUGCCAGCCAGUCCACUGUACCACUCCCCAAUACGGGAACGUCAGCAGCCAUCACGUCCUCCACCACGCCCUCAGCUCUCCCACACCCAUCUAACCCCAGAACGCCUGAGCCCCCAACAUCGCCUUCCAUCACUUCCUCGCAGAAACCCCUGGGUGCCUCGUCAUCCUCCACCACCUCCUCCUCAUCGUCCUCUUCGUCCUCUUCGUCACCAAUGGUUGCCGGGCCGGAGUCAACAAUACCUGUUCCUCAACAAAAAUCACCAAGUAUAACAGUUACAGAACCAGAUACCUCGACUGUCCACAAAUUAAGUGCCUCAGUUGUCGUUUAUGUUAAUCAUGGCUGCACGUGUGGACCAUACCUGGACUCUGGUCGCGUGAGCGAGCUCCCUGUCCAGUUUGGGCCAGGGAGCCUCAACCGUGUUGUGCGAGAGUCUGUCCAAGCCCUGGUUGAUGCCGCCCCUGACCCUCGUGCAGUCACUUCCCUCCUACCUCGUGGCAACGGCAAAGUUAUUAUCAAAGAUGGGGAUGCAGAAACCCAUCGACUAACAUCUCUAGAGAAAGUGGAGGAUUUCUGGAGUGCUCUGGAGUCACUCUUUGAAGAUCUGAUGUGCUGUGAGAACUUUUACACACAGCAGCCAAUCACCCAGUGUACCAAGUGUGCGCGGCAGAGUCCUGCACAAUUCAAAAGGGACCAAGAAGCAGCCCAGCAUGUGGCAGUGUCCAACAACAAGCGACCAGCCUCCAGUGAGCCCAGUGAUGUCCUCAGUCCAUCAAAAGUUGCCAAACGAGUAUUACAAGAGCCAUCCCCCUCUUCAGCAAGCGAGCCUGGGCAGAGCCCCCGACCAAGAGGUGACCCGGCCGAGUGGACCGUGGAGGAAGUCAUCACUCACAUAGCGGCCACUGACCCUGCCCUGGCCAAUCAUGCUGACCUCUUCAGACGGCAUGAGAUUGAUGGGAAGGCUUUGCUGCUGCUCAACAGUGACAUGAUGAUGAAAUACAUGGGACUCAAGCUGGGCCCAGCCCUCAAGAUCUGUAACCUGAUCAACAAAAUCCGUGGACGCAAGCACCUCGUCACCUAACAGCGCUGGAGCUAUGUUUUUCGCCCAACGCCAGGCACCAGAGAGAGGAAUUACUCAGAAUUUUGUCUUGUGGAAUCAUUUAAUGAGUGGCUUAUCUUUAAUGUUGUUUUAUUUUUCAUUGUAGUAGUUUUUUUAUUUUUAAAAUUAGAAUUUUUUUUUUUUAGGUAUGGGGAGUAGUUCCGUUAUCAGAUUAAUUAUUAUUAUUUUUGCUACAAAAGAAGUCUGGUUAAAUCCCCCUCAUAAAAGCUAACGUUCAAAGAGUUAAAGGAAAAUUCGAGACAUUAGGAGCAGCAUAAUGCACUGGAAACCUCUGGAACGAGAUGUGAAGUAGACCUUUUUAUGAAAUGAAACAUCCAAGUGUGACAAGCAGUUAUGCCUGCAGUGGGUAUGGCUUUCAUGUGAAUGACGGGUGGGCGUUCUACCUGCAGAUUGAAGUCUAGUGGAAGCAUUGUCCUGUUUAUUUUUUUUCUUUUUUCUUUGGACACAAGACAAGCUCUGAGAUUUCAUGGAUGUGUCUAACAGAGUGAUGAAGGUGGUGACAAUGCAACUUACUCUUUUGCUCUCAUCUGCUGCUGUCUUUGGUUUGUGGGCAGUUGUUUUGUAAGCAAAUGACUAUCAUAACAGGAGAACGAGCCUUACAAAGAAAAAAAAAGAUAUAAGAUAGGAAGAAGAUUAAAGAAUUUAUGUAGAUAUUUUUAUAUACAGUCAUGCAUUUAUUGCUUACCAUUGCUUGCAAUUAUAGUGCAAAUUACUUUUUGACGUUUACAACUUUGUCGUGUUUGGUGCGUCCCUCUUGCCCCCCUCGCCCCCUUUCCUCCCUCCCUCCAAUGACUCUCUCAAUGUUGUAGAAUCACCAGUAGUUGUAUUUUACUCCUGUUAGGUGUUUCAUAUCAGCCGUGGAAGUGCGCGCUGGCCAUAUCAAAACUCACCGAUCUUAUGCAAGUAAAAUCAAGACUUGGAUAAAAGGGAGCCUGCUGUGUGGGGUGCCCGCCGUCUCAAUGCCUCACACGUGACUUCCCUUGUCUUGUCUCUCCCUUGCCCUUAUUCAUCUUUUUCUCUCCUCCUCCUCCUCCUCCUCACACUUGUAGUCUUGCAGAAAUCUUUGCAUUUGCCAGUGGUUGUAAAUGUUUACUUUUUCAACUUAGCUUUAGAAGAGCUGUAUCACUUAAGAAGAAAAAGGAAAAAAUUGUUUGUGAAAUAAAGUAAAGCGAUAAUUUUGACACUAUAUUUUGUAAGGAGUAAUUUCUAUUAGUCAAGAUAUGACGUGGGAGUGUCUGCCAGCAACAUUUAUUGCAAUUAUGUUCUCUACUUGUAGAGGUUUAGGGAUGUGUUGAUCCUCUGAAAUGUCUUCUCUUGUUUUGUCAAACACAUUUCACCAUUCUUUUCUCUUCCUUGCUGCAGGUAGGAGCAGUUGUCCAGGCAUUUUUGUGUUUGAUGCAGUCAUUAUUUACAAAUGGGAGAAAAGACAGUAGAUUAUAAGAAGUUGAUGUAUAUGGCAGUUACAGCACAUUUCUUGCAGUAGAACAGUGCAGGAACAUUUGAAGAAAGUUCAGUACUUUUUGUCAUAAAUACUAAUAAUCUCUUGUGCUCUAAGAAUAUGGACAAAGUCUCAAACAAAUUAUUUUAUAAUCUUGAUUAAAAACAUGAGAUGGUUGGGGCUGCUUAUUCAAGUGGAUAGGUCUUUUAGUUGUUUUCCUGUUCAGAGUUGCGUGCAGAUGUCACAAACUGGGUCCAGAGAUCUUUCUACUGCUACAUCUGUAAACUAUGCCUUGGUAAUUAGUACCUUCUAGAAGAUCAUCAAAUGUAUUUUAUUUUUUUAAUUAAUGUAUAUUUAUUCUUGAGUGUAGGAAGUUCUCUCUGGGAUUGUGGUUGUCUGACAUCAAGUCGAGCCAUUGGGGUGAGGGGCAUGUGGCUUUCAUCGGCAGUUGGGAAUGACAGGGCCCCUUAUCCGUAAGGCCACAGGGUUGAGCUUGACUUGUAUGGCAUACUCCAGGGGACAAAGCAUUUUGUCUUCAAUUGUAGGAGUUCAUUGGCUUUUUAUUGUUUUGUUCCCCCAAAUUUUAGACCAAAUUCUUGCAAUCCUGCUAACACACACACACUCCCACUUAUGCUUACACUCACACUCACUCUCUUACACUCACAUGCUCACUCAAACUCUGACUCUGACUUGUACACUCACACUCACAAACUCAUCCUCACACUUGCACCUAUACCCAUGUCCAUGCUUACACCCACAUCUAUACCCGAACUCGUGCAUAUAUGCAUGUACAUAUUCACACUUGAUCACAUGCAUACUUGCUCAGUGACAUACGCACACGCACACAAAUAAUAAAUACCCCAGCAGUGUCCACAUUUACACCCCUGGAAAUGACCAGACCAUUCCAAACAUUCUGUGGAAGUUGAUGUGAAUCAGGUGAGGGCACAGGAAAAGCACUUGCUCAUUCCACCAGGAUGCCCUUGCAGAGGCUUGGAAGCUGAGCUGUAGAGGCAGUUUACUAUUCCCAUCUAAUCAUUUUUAUCCCAUGGCACUGAAUUUAACAUCACAAGGAAGGAGGGAGGACCCAGGCAUUGUGGACUCUCCAUGUGUGGCUGUGAGGUGUGUGUGCUUAUUUUGAAAGGCUGAGAAAGUUUGUUUACGUGUGUGAUAUUGCUUUAAAGCAUGAUUAUCCCUGAGCAGGGCUAUUAACGAAUGUAUUAUAGGUCAUCUAUUCCUAACAUGUUGAGUUUCAUUCUUUUGUCUGUUCUUUUGGUUUUGACUAUAUGUUAAUGCUUGUUUACUUGUUUUGGAUAUUCCCAGAAAAGAACAGAGAGGCUUGGAUAUACAGGAUAAGUCAUUUGUAUCCAAAGGUACAACCUGAAGGGGCCCACCGUCAUAUUAACCAUGUGAGUUUCGUGCUGAUGUUUCAUGCAGCACAAGUUGAUUCCUCUUGGAUGGGUGAAGCCGCAAAAGUACAAGACAAACUCGCGUGGAAAGCACACGCUUCUGUUUAUAAUGUAUCCCAGAAUUGAUUGAGAUUAUUUUCUCUCUCUUCUAUUUUUAGUGCGUGUUACUUUAGUAUUUCUCCCCGUGUCCCCAGAUGUGAAGGGGUUCAAAAUUUGUGAUAUUAGAUUAAGGCUGGUCUGCGUGAUGCUAGUACAAUUUUAAAGUUCAUCUAAGACAUACUUUUCUGAUAAAAGCUACAAAUGACUUCACAGAUGCUAGCCUUUGCAUAUUUUUAGCUGUGAAAGCCACAGAAAGAUGGGGCACAGCAACCGCUCAGCUUGUGUCUAGGGUGAAGGCGGAGAGAGAUGGUGGUGGUGGCAGGAGCUGCAGUUGAGCUUGGCAGGAUAACAGGACGCAAUUCCAACCACACAGGAGUGCCGAAAUGGCCAACUAAGAUGUUCCUUUUGGUUGAAUUUAUUUUCUCUGAUGAAUAUCAUCCAGCAUGUAGUUGACAGGAGCUGAGGUUGAUAUUUACAAAGUUCAGUUUACAAGGAAUUUCAUCCUCGGCUUAAGAAAAUACAGCUUUGCCAACAAAGGAGUUCUAGAAGUAAGCCUUGGAUUUGAGUUUGCCUUUUUUGUUUUUCUCCUUGCUGCAGCCACUGUGUGAUAGGUAUUCCUUUAUCUGAAUAGGUUGUUCAUAAUUUCAUCAGAUUUGUUGCCAAAAUGUGGAAAAGAAAUUCUUGUUUAUUUUACUUGCACUGUAGACACUGCAAUUACAUAUUUUAUACCAAGUCAGGAAUCCUUCCAUGUAAGAUUCUCCUCCAAAUCUGUUUAAUUGUUGCUUCUUGGAAGGCAGGAGACUACCAGAGGCCUUGCUGCCUUUCAUCUAGAGGCAGUUGCAGUAUUGCAUCUCAGGCACUGUAACUAGUGUAUGCCCCAAGAUGUUCAGAUGCACUAGAGACUAAGUGUUGAUACAAGUCCUGUUUUAGAGAGAUGAAAUCUGAAUAUGGGAGAACACAAGAAGGAAGGCAGGAUGAUCACUUAAAGUGUUACUGUGGCUUUAAGUUUGUUUUGUCUAGGGUGACAAUGAUCAGGAGGUGGCAACCCACAUCACCAUAGAUUUCGUGGGAGUAUGUAUGCCUGCGAUUUAUCUUUUUGCCUAAUAUUUAGCAGUAGAGAGUGUUAAAAAGACUGACAGGAAAAAAGUGAGAGAAAAAGCGAGAGAGAGAGCAAUAGGGUUGAGUCAUUAGUGAGAUAUUAGUUUAAUUAAAGAAGAAGAAAGUGAAUAUGUAAGAAAGAAAGUGAAUAUGUAAAAAAUAAGAAAAAUGUUAAAAAAAAAAAAAAAAAAAAAAAAAAAAAAAAAAAAAAAAAAAAAAAAAUUGCCUUGGCACAUCUUACAAAGAAAAGCAACCCAAUUCAUGUUCUCAGUCUGAAUGGCAAGGAAAGUUUUCCUUGUCUCUCAUUUCAUCACUAUUAUUAUAGUUUGUUUUUAUUUUUAUUUUUGCCCCAAUGAUUAAGGAUCAAAAGAAAAGAUGUUCUCACUAUGAGGAGGAAAGUGGAUCUGUUCGCUGUUUUUCGUACCAGCACUGGAGUCCCUGACUUUGUAUACAUAAUUGCUGGGAGUCAUUGUAAACAUUAUGUAAUAUAUUUGGAAAUUAAA